AUGGGCCCUUGCUGGGCUGUGCGGCUGCUGCUCAUGGCAGCCUGCAGCGUGGGCUGUGGUGAGGCCUUCAGGUGCUACAACUGUGAGCAGCCCACAGCCAUUGCUUUGUGCAAGAACAUCACCCAAUGCAAGCCAGAGGACACAGCCUGCAAGACCACGCUGGUGACGGUGGAGUCAGAGUACCCCUUCAACCACAGCCCCAUGGUGACCCGCUCCUGCUCCAGCUCCUGCAUUGCCACUGACCCUGACGGCAUUGGGGAUGCCCACCCAGUCUACUGCUGCUUCCGUGACCUCUGCAACUCGUGA